UGGUGCAGUUUUCUUCCCCUGCUGGCAGGAGCCAGGUUUUCAGCAGGGGAUGUGCGGGACAGGCUCCUGCUCCAGCUGCUGGCACCAUCCGUGGGCAACUCUUCAGGGCUGUUUGGCAAGGAAAACCAGGGGAGGGAGGAAGGCUUGUCUGAAGAGGAAGCUGCUGGUCAGGGUGUGCAUGUUCAACCCCAGCUCUGCUUCCACUUAAUUUCUCAGCAAAAACGUGCUGGUAACGGGGCGCUCCCAGGAGCUGAUGGAUUAGUGGCAGCUGGCUCUGGAGGGGCUGGAAGGAGCAUGGUUAAACACCAACCCCUGCAGUACUACGAGCCCCAGCUAUGUCUGUCCUGUCUGACCGGGAUCUACGGCUGCCGCUGGAAACGGUACCAGCGGUCACAUGAUGACACCACCAAGUGGGAGCGCCUCUGGUUCCUCAUCCUCACCUCAUCCUUCUUCCUCACCCUGGUCUGGUUUUACUUCUGGUGGGAAGUUCACAAUGACUACAAUGAAAUCAACUGGUUUUUAUAUAACCGAAUGGGAUAUUGGAGUGACUGGUCCAUUCCAAUCCUUGUCACAACUGCUGCUGGCUUUACCUACAUCACCAUGUUGCUGAUCCUGGCACUGUGUCACAUAGCUGUGGGACAGCAGAUGAACCUGCACUGGCUGCACAAGAUUGGCCUGGUGACAACCUUGAUAACUACUGUGGUGACCAUGUCGUCGAUAGCACAGCUUUGGGAUGAUGAGUGGGAGAUGGUUUUUAUUUCACUGCAGGCCACAGCCCCUUUCUUGCACAUAGGAGCCCUGGCAGCUGUCACAGCACUGUCGUGGUUGGUGGCAGGGCAGUUUGCACGGACAGAGAAGGCCACCUCCCAGAUGCUGCUGUUCACUGCAUACCUGGCAGCUGUGGUUGCACUUUACCUGGUGCCCCUGGCCAUCUCCUCGCCCUGCAUCAUGGAGAAGAAGGCCCUGGCCCCCAAGCCAGCCAUCCUGGGGCACCGUGGGGCUCCCAUGCUGGCACCAGAGAACACUCUGAUGUCCUUCCAGAAGGCAGUGGAGCAGAAGGUGCAUGGAGUGCAGGCUGAUGUGGUGCUGAGCUAUGAUGGGGUGCCCUUUCUGAUGCACGACAAGACUCUCAGGAGAACCACCAACGUGGAGGAGGUGUUUCCAGAGCGCGCCUACGAGCACUGCUCCAUGUUCAACUGGACUGACCUGGAAAAGCUCAACGCUGGGGAGUGGUUCCUGCAGAAUGAUCCUUUCUGGACAGCAGGCUCUCUCUCAAGGGCUGACUACUUGGAGGCUGCCAACCAGUCAGUCUGCAAGCUGGAAGAUAUGCUGGAGGUGAUCAAGGACAACACAUCCCUGAUCCUGAACUUCCAGGACCUGCCAGCAGCUCAUCCCUACUACAGCACUUACAUCAACAUCACCCUGGAAACCAUCCUGGCAUCGGGGAUUCGGCAGCAGGCUGUGAUGUGGCUGCCAGACACGGAGAGGCAGCUGGUCAGGCAGGUUGCUCCUGGUUUCCAGCAGGCUUCUGGCCUGAAGCUGGACGCAGAGCGCCUGAGGGAGAAGGGCAUCGUGAAGCUCAACCUGCGCUACACCAAGGUCACCAACGAGGAGGUCAGGGACUACACCAUGGCCAACCUGAGUGUGAACCUGUACACGGUGAACGAGCCCUGGCUGUUCUCCAUCCUCUGGUGCGCCGGCGUGCCCUCGGUCACCUCCGACAGCUCCCACCUCCUCCGCAAGGUGCCUUUCCCCAUCUGGCUCAUGCCUCCAGACGAGUACCACCUAAUCUGGAUCACGUCUGAUCUCAUUUCAUUUCUUGUAAUUGUAGGAGUUUUUAUAUUCCAGAAGUGGCGCCUGGGCAGCAUCAGGACCUACAACCCGGAGCAGAUCAUGCUCAGCGCUGCCGUGCGCCGCUCCAGCCAGGACGUCAAGAUCAUGAAGGAGAAGCUGAUCUUCUCAGAGAUCAACAACGGCGUGGAGAGCACGGACGAGCUGUCCUUCUGCUCCGAGAACGGCUUUGCCAACGAGCUGGUGACACCCACGGACACCAAGCUGCGCAUCAACUGAGGGCUCUGCCACCCCCUGGGGGCUCUGCCACCCCCUGGGGGCUCUGCCAUCACCUGAGGGCUCUGCCCCCGCCUGGGGCUCUGCCGCGCUCCCGCAGCGAGAGCCGUGCUCUCCUGCCUCCCUCCCUGGGAUGGGAACCUCUGAGGAACUGCUGCUCAGGCAGAAACCCGCUCCCACUCCCCACCACUGGCUGCCCCACCUCCCUGGUUGUGAGGCUGGGGGGCUUGUUUUUGUAAAUAUGUAGAAAAUCUGGAAUUUUUUUGUCUUUUUGGGUUUUUUUUUUGGUUAUUUUUUUUGAGUGUAAUUUUUCCAGGGCAUGAGUGGAAAUACUGUGUUCAUUAAAUCCUCAACCUUA